UUCGCUUCCUCGUCGGACUGAACAUAUCGCAAAAAUGGCCACCGAGUUGACCGUCCAGUCGGAACGUGCGUUCCAGAAGCAGCCUCACAUCUUCGUCAACCCCAAGACCAUUGCGAAGAGCAAGAAGGUUGCCUCCGGCCGCAGAUGGUACAAGGAUGUCGGUCUGGGUUUCCGUACCCCCAAGACCGCCAUUGAGGGCAACUACAUCGACAAGAAGUGCCCCUUCACCGGUCUGGUCUCCAUCCGUGGUCGUAUCCUGACCGGCCGUGUCGUCUCCACCAAGAUGCACCGCACCAUUGUCAUCCGCCGUGAAUACCUCCACUACGUCCCCAAGUACAACCGUUACGAGAAGCGUCACAAGAACCUUGCUGCCCACGUUUCUCCCGCUUUCCGUGUUGAGGAGGGUGACUGGGUUACCGUCGGCCAGUGCCGUCCUCUUUCCAAGACUGUCCGCUUCAACGUCCUCCGUGUCCUUCCCCGCACCGGUAAGGCCGUCAAGGCUUUCAGCAAGUUCUAAGCGUG